CUGAUAUUUAAUGAUCUUAUUGCAAGCUGGUUACUUACUAUCCUUUCUCUUUAUUAAGGGAUCAAUACAAUUAGUCGUUUGUAUUAUCACAGGAAAUAAAGAUGAUUUGUACAGGGCCAUUAAAAGGCUGUGCAAUGUACAGAACCCGGUUCCUUCCCAGGUUAUUAAUGUCCGAACCAUUUCAACACAAUAUGCUAAACUUAGAAGUAUAGCACAGAAGAUUCUGUUGCAAAUUAAUUGCAAGCUAGGUGGAGAGCUGUGGGGUGUGGACAUUCCAUUGAAACAGCUAAUGGUGAUUGGCAUAGACGUGUAUCAUGAUCCCAGCAGGGGGAAGCGCUCAGUGGUGGGCUUUGUGGCAAGUAUCAAUCCAAUUGUGACACGAUGGUAUUCCAGGGUGGUAUUUCAGACGCCUCAUCAAGAAAUAAUAGAUAGCCUAAAGGUCUGUUUAGUAGCUGCUUUGCAGAAAUUCCACGAGGUCAACCAUCAUCUCCCGGAGAAGAUAGUGAUUUAUAGAGAUGGCGUCUCAGAUGGCCAGCUGAAAAUAGUAGAAAGCUACGAAAUCCCACAGCUGGAGAAAUGCUUUGAAGCUUUUAAUAAUUACAACCCUAAAAUCGUGGUGUUUGUGGUUCAGAAACAAAUCAGCACCAACAUCUAUUCCUCAGUCGGUCAACAACUUUUAUCUCCUCCUCCAGGGACGGUGUUAGACCAUACAGCCACCUCUCAGGACUGGGUGGAUUUUUACUUGAUAGCCCACUACUCGCCUCAAGGUUGCGGCAUCCCAACUCACUACGUCUGUGUAAGAAAUACAGCCAAUCUCGCCCCUGAUCACAUGCAGAGGCUGACUUUCAAACUUUGCCACCUCUACUGGAAUUGGCCAGGAACUAUCCGAGUGCCUGCCCCGUGCAAAUACGCGCAUAAGCUAGCUUUUCUCUCCGGGCACAUUCUCCAUCACGAACCAUCAAUUGAGCUGUGUGAGAAACUCUUCUUCCUGUAGCUGCCUUCAAAGAGAGAACAGGAACUGAGAAUUGCAGCUCUUCCAGCCCUUCCCAGUUUCAGGCCACUCUCCCCUCCACCCCCUUCAACUGGAGAGACUGUUUUAUAAUAAUGUUUAUUUGGUCAAUGACCAGGAAAAAAAAGUUUUUAAAAAAAUUACAACACCAUCGUAAAAUAGAAAAGGUGAAACCAACACAGAUAAAAAUGUGGCUGCUCUAAUGGUACAUUAAUCCCUUGUACAAGCGUACCUCUGUCGCAGGGCACACAAUGCAGUAAAAUAAAUACCAUCUUAUAAACAAGAUAAGCUAGUAUGUGUUAAAUCUAAAAAUGGUAAAUAAAACAAAAAAAAAUAUUUCCAUAA